UAACCUUAAUAUACGAGUCCAGCGUGAGAUGAUAAACUUCACUUCAACUUCAACUUCAACUUCAACUUCAACUUCACCUCAAUUUAAUUUUGUAUCAAUUCGCCUUCAAUUUCACUCCGAGUUCGUAGUUGCUAGCUACCGACUUGCCUGAGUGGUACUCUUAGCUUCCACGCCCGUUUUGAGGAGUUGAGGGUUUGCAUCGCCGAAGCCUUAUGCUUAUUAUUACUGUACCAGACGCUUAUAAUUUAAGGAUGCUGGAAUCUGUGUGGGAGGCAGGCCGUGGUGGUAGAUGCUGUGAUGGAGAUUUAAGGAUCUUUCGAUUUAUCAAGUUUUUGACUUUGACUUUGACUUGACUUUGGCGUCAUUUCGAACAUUCACUUAUAAUCAAGUUAAACCAUAUGAAAACAUUCAUUUCACCCCAUGGCCAAUACUUUUUUUGGCUACCAACCAGUGCUCUCCAGAUUUUAUACACUACCUACCUACCUACCUACCUACCUACCUAGGCAGCCGUCCCAUCAUCAAAAACAUCGGCCAAUGACGAGUUUAUUUCCAUUUUCAACUACUUACUAGUACGCCGAACCAGGUAUCAAACAAAACCAUAAACCAUACAAGGCUGCCGGCGGAUGGCUUACUUUAUCUCUAGGUCAUUUUACACGGUCAUCAUACGGUCCUCAGCAUAUUACGCUCGCUACCUGAGGUCAUCUUAAGCUCAAGAACCCUUUACAGUUUAAAAUCAUUCAAGCUAUUUCAAAAAGACCACUCUUUCUGUGUUACACGUCGUUUUCCCCUCAAAUUUGGAAAAUACCAUCUCAAGGAUUCUGUUUACCAAAGCUCAACUCUUAACUCCUUCAAGUCGGUGUUAUUUCAUUAAUACAUCCUCGACGUGCUGUCAGGUCUAACAGUACCUUCCGAGACCCGCAUCGUCACAGGAAUCAAAAUUCUACCUAUCUUACAAGUUCGUAAAAUAAUAUCCCACGAACUUCCCACAUAAAAUAUUUCCAAUAUCAAACUUGCCUCGAAAGAUUUCAUCUUUGCGGCAAGUCUGUGACACCUCAAUCAGAGUCAACAGAAUCAAUCACAUAUCCAAUAAUUGCGCUGCAGGAUGGCUCGCAAACGUUUCCUGGCGGAUGUGAUAGCUGCAUCCAAAAAAGGAAUCUCUCAUGUUGUUUCCAUCAGUCGAGGAGAUGAUGAUGGUGAUGUAAACUUCUGCUUCUUACAUGAUUCUGCGGAGCCCAUAGAAAUUGGUCUCUUAGCACUAGGUAUGUCCCGCUAUAUUCUAUUUCUCUAGCUGUCAAUCUAAGAUCCCUACCACAUGGAUUUCAUCCAAUGUUGUGUACACGAUCACCUUUGAAGGGUUUUUCUCUAAAACAGAAUAUCAUGUUCCAGCAGGAAAGAAAAGGCAGUUUUCGAUCAUACUAACUUUGUCAGAUGUCUCCGAGUACCCUAGUGGGAAUAGCUUCAUGGUUUUCACCAAGUCGGAUGGGGCUCCCAAAGCUGUUAUUGAAGUACUGAAUCAACUAACACCCUCUCCAUACGGGGUACUUUUACCAGAUUUGAUUAGUAGCAUUUCGCAAAAGCUACAGAAGGCACUUUCGACAGGUUCGCGAGAAUCUUCUAUCAGCCUUGACGAUGACGAUGAGGAUGAUGUGAUUGUAGAUGUGGAGGAAGGAAGUGAAGAUGACUCUGGGUUCUCCGACGAGGAGGAAGAGGACUUCCCAGACGAGCCCAUAAGCUUCUCGAAUGGACAGACUGUGCCAACAUCGACUAUUAGGAUCUCCCCAGAAGCCGCUGCUGAGCUGAAUCGACGGAUUAGGGCAGACCUGCGUACUGCUAGAAUGCUCGGUCAUCGGAUCGGAAUAUUAAGUGGCAUGAAAGCUGAAUCUCAGGGUAGCAUUCUCAGCAUAUCCAUUCAAGCUACCAAGUUGGGCCUUUCAGAAGAGGCUAUGCAAGCUUGGGACAUUGAGCCAGAUCAAUAUUUGACCUUACUUAUACGCUACUCAGACGGAUACAAAACUUUUGAAAAAUUGAUAGCCGAGCCAGCGAAGAAUAGUGGAAUUGAUUUCCGUGUCGGAGUCAGCAAUGGUUAUAAGCCAUCCGCAGCCGCAGCGUUCUCGGCCUUUUCAGACUCAAACAAAGUUGGUUUUAAAGCAUUCAAUGACGAUAGUUCAGCGUCUCAAGCAAAUCUAAAGAACGAGAGUAGAGGAUUUUCCAGUAUCUUUAUCAGCAGCUCCUUGAAUGAAUUUUUCAACACGAAGAUGCUAUCAAUUUUGAAGAUCCGCAACGCAACUGGUCUUGGAUGGGAGGAUGCAAAACAGUAUCUUGAUGAGCGACAGGGACGACCACUUGAGGAAAAUAUAGAGCUGCUUUCUGAGAAAUUUUACCCGCACGCAGAUACACUUAGAGGCCAUACUUCACGAAUCCUAACCGAUGAUCACCUCACAGAUAACAACGGUGGCAACCUAUCAUUUCCGCUUCUCGCUGCACAAUUUGCGUUGAUGUAUCUGGUCCGUUGUACCGAAUUUUGUCUCGUUUGCCACGAUAAGAUUACAGCGGAAUUUGAAGCACUGAAACCUUACGUCUGUGAUAAGCCCUUAUGUCUGUAUCAAUAUAUGGCCUUAGGUUUUGGACCAAGUGUCGAACACGUAAGUAGCCUGGUGCUGUGUGCCCAGAUCAAACAUACAUAUGCUAAUCGUGUGUAGGAAAUACAGAGUCAGCCAUACGUUGUCGACCUCCUUCUGAACUUUUGUUAUACUAGUGCUUGUGUAAGUAUGUCCGCAUGUAAUCUCCCCGAGCUCGCUGACUUUUGAUAGGGCGGUCGAAUUCGUGAAUACCCCACAGGUAUGAGUCUAUCUGUCCCUUUUGCCAUCGGUCAAGCUGGAAAUAUCGUACCUCCUGGCGUCUCCCCAGCCAUGAUGGAUGAAUUCGGCCCCCCGGCAAACUCACAUGCUCGUGAUAAAGAGUUUGAUAUCAAAUACGAUGCUAAGGCGUGUGAAAUCACAUUCGAGGGUAAUUUCGAGAACAAAGGCACUCCUAUCCGCAGAGGAGAUUGGGUACGCAUUCUGGUUGUGCCCGCACCGGGAUAUUUCACGAGCGAAACUAUCCACUGUAGAGUGGAAGAUAUAAACUCCUUUCCAAUUGCAAAGCUCUCACCACCAAUUGUACAGAAAGCACAAGCAAGUACAUAUCAAGUACCAUCAGCUGGUCACAUGCCAGCUGUCAAUUCCCCCAACAUUGCCGCAGCUCGGCUAGCUGUUUACGACUGUAACUUUGACGAUAUGUCUGUCGUAGAAAAAUGCAGCACUAUAGCAAUGCUUCUUGACACAUUACCAACCAUCAAGGAGUUAAGAGAGUAUAUCGACCGGCAAAGUCAGACGGAAGAACCGAACCUUCGCAAAUGGGCAGAGCGUAUAUCUCCAGCUGCAUUGGGAUUACUUAGAUGGGUUAUAGCCUCUAAUCGCUCGUGCCUUGUCCAAGUUGAUAGAUGCCCUGGCCAGAUUGAUAGCGUUUUUUCUGACGCAAAAAUCAGACCGGACCAAAAAGUCUCUCAAAUUGGGGAAAAUUGGGUUCAAUUUCGAUUUGCACAAGGAUCACCAGACAAGGAGCUUCGUUUUUUGAAUGCGCUUAAAGCACAACAAGCACAUUUGAAUCCAAAUUAUCCUACUAUAUUUGCUUUUCAUGGUAGUGCGCUACAAAACUGGCAUAGUAUCAUUAGGCAUGGACUGGAUUUCAAGGAAACCUUGAAUGGACGAGCAUUUGGACAUGGUGUUUAUCAUGCACAGAAUCAAACUGUAUCAUGUACUUAUACUGGGCGAAACUUUUCGGUAAGUGUCAGAUUUCUCUCGUUUUAUCUACCGUCUUAACAUUAACUAGGGUUGCUGGCCUGGAUCGCAGCUCAAUGCCACAGCCGUGAUGAGCAUCAACGAAAUCAUCAAUUGCCCUCAGCAGUUUGUUAGCUCAAAUCCAUAUAUCGUAGUGCAGCACAUUGACUGGAUUCAAUGCCGAUACUUGCUUGUUAAGAUUGACCCAAAUGCAGCCGAUGAACCUUCUCCGAAUUCUAGGUAUGUUUGACGCUGGAGAAAUUACUUUGUGUAAUUAUAUGGAAUCUAUGAUGAGGUAUGCUAACAUUUUGCUCACAGUCAUAUCGCAGCUGCCAACGAAAUCAAGCAGGACCCUAAAUAUACAGCAAGGUCUACGAAUGGUAAGCCCAUAGGCGUCCCUCACUGUGCUGGUUCAAUAUCUAGAGCAUUUUGCACCGAUAGUGUUGGGAGUACCUCCCAAUCUAAAAAACGCAAAGGUCUACCUUCUUCUGUGAAUGGGGCCACAUUUUUCAGCGACGAAGAAGACAUUGAGGACACCAAAUUCCUGCUCUUAGAAGAUGAGGGAGAUAUCGAAGUAUUGUAAGCAGAUAAAUUCCCUAAAUACUUUGUCAGUUCGAUCAUUGCAAGCGCAAACAGCCUUGAAACGGGCCAUCGGAUGUCAAACCAUUGGAUCAUACAGGCUAUGGUUUAUGAUCCUCUGCCAUAAGUCCCUUAAAUUUUUAAUGAGCUCACUAACUGUUUGUACUAGAUUUCCUACUUUCAAAAAGCCAGAAGCUGCAAAAACGGAUUUUGUUCCUGGAUCGCUUGAUCAAAGUAGCCUUCCAAUCCUUGAUUCUCCGGCCUAUGCCACCCCUUCUGCAACCAUGCGUCUUAACAGAGAAUUACAAACAAUCCUCAAGAUACAAAAAUCUACCCCACUCCACGAACUUGGAUGGUACAUCGAUGAAGCUCUCGUUGAUAACAUCUACCAAUGGAUCGUCGAGCUACACUCUUUUGAUUCCACACUUCCGCUGGCCAAGGAUCUCAAAGAAUCCGGUCAAACAAGCGUUGUCAUUGAAAUUCGCUUCGGAAAAGAAUAUCCUCACAGUCCUCCAUUUGUACGCGUUGUGAAGCCACGAUUUUUGCCAUUUAUGUCUGGCGGUGGCGGCCACGUAACAGGCGGUGGAGCUUUGUGUAUGGAGCUGCUGACAAAUACUGGCUGGAGUGCCGUUUCUUCGAUUGAAUCUGUUCUCUUGCAAGUCCGCCUUGCACUUAUGAGUACCGAACCAAAACCUGCACGUCUGGAACACAGAGGUAAACAGCAACAAGGUGAAUAUGGAACCCAGGAGGCUAUGGCAGCUUUCAUUAGGGCUUGUAGUAUGCACGGAUGGGAGAUACCCAAGGACUUUCAGGACUUUGCUGCAAUACCAGGAUCUAGUCGUUCUUGAUCAGCUACUUUCAGAAACACGAUAUUAUGGCGUUGUAGGAGGGAAGGAAAAACAUACCGGUAUUCUAGAUUUGCUUUUGGUGAUUUGCGAGUUCUAUUUUCCUAGUUAGCGUUGGGGAAUCUAGAGAGAGGAAUAUCAUGAUGAGAUGUCCUGAUGAACAAAUACUCGAAAUGUUGUAAGAAAUUUACAAUGAAAGGUUAUUAAGGCUUCAUAGGUGCAGUGGAAAGGAAUGCUAAUAGCUUUUGGGUCAAUGGGUUCCCGCUAUCAUGGGUAGUAGGUUUCUACAGAAUCAGCAACAUAAUUAGA